AUGAUUCCAACUGGUUACAGAGCGGAAUUCGAGAGCAAAGCAGAAAAAAUUUUGAACUGGCUCGAUACUCGAAUCGAAUCUCUGGAAUUGACGACAAUGAAAGCAGCAAACGAGGAACAACCAGAUUUAAUAAACCAAGAGAACAGUCAACGAGUAGAGUCGCCAAGUGCUGUGAUUAGCAAAAUUGACAAGGAAUUACCAGAAAUCAAAGAGGAUAUGGUCCUGGUUAACACACUUGGUGAACGAUAUCGAAAGGACCUUAGCCAAGCCGGUGAAAAUGUUGAAGAACUGGAUCAACUCUUUGAAGACAUCGAAGAGAGGUGGUCGAUGUUGGAUCAGCUCUACAAGAAGGCCUCAGUUCUGAUUGAAGAUAGAGCAAUAUCAUCUCAGAUUGUAUCUUCAGAAGAGACGCCUGUACAGCAAGCUUCGUCAGAGAAAACGUCGAAAAGUAUCUGCGAUUCAGUUGAAACCUUCAAGCAAUGGCUUGAGGAAGCAAAGACGGAGGCCACUCGGCAAAUCAAAUGCAAAGAUGGAAACGAACUAGACGAACUAAUUGCAGAUUUUACAGUGAGUUUACGAUCAUUCCAUCAUAUUCCUCAGAUAUCGAUAUCGUCAAAGUUUAUACCUGUGCUUUACCGAGUUUAA